GCGCCUCAGCGGCGGCUGAGACCUGCUUUCGUCGCGGCUCCAGCUCGACGUCGACUGACUAUUUACGUUAAGAGUUUUAUUUCCUGCAGGCACGUCAGACGAGCCCACUCCCUGCGCUGUACAGCUCUGCCAAUGACAACUCCGCUCCCCUUUUCCCGGCGGGAGAAGAAGUGUCUUCAGUUUUGCCCGCGGCCGCAGUGACUGCCCGAGACCAUGGAGUACUACAGCCUGCGCUGCCAGGUCUGUCUCACCAAAUUUAAAAGGGUGUCUGAUUUCAAGAAACAUGUGCACUCAUGGGCACAUCAACAGAAAAUGGAAGCAGUCUUCCAGAAAGAUAUGUUCAGUGGUCCUGGCUUCUUUCCCUUCAUUGUUGUUAUGGAUCCGCUUGCCGAACAUGACAUCAAACAACCCAUCAUAGGCUUGUGUCUGGUGACUUUAUGUUUUAGUCGAGAGGCACGGCCCUUUUUUUACCUGUGCCAUGCCUGUGCGGAAAAGUGUCCACCCAACAGGAUUUUAUGCCACCUCUCUUCUGGUGACCAUUGCUGCAACUACUUUAACUACACAGACCCCAAUGUACUGAGUUUUUCCUGGAUGCCCAGCAGGGACAUGAGAGCCAUUCUGAGGCCUCAGCCCAAAAAGGGAAACACUGAAAGAAGGCCUGGAACAUUACAGAUGUUGGAUUUACCCAAAAAUCUGAUGGAAAAGCUUGAAACAAGUACCUACUAUGAAGUGAUGCAAACUCUCAGUGAAAAUGACAAGCUUCUCAAGCUGUUUGAAGCUGACAAGCCAAAGAGGAUGACGAUCCAAACGUACCAUAGAGACAGCAACAGGAUACAUCCCCUUCUUGGCAUGCAGCACAUUGUUGAAUGCAUUUGUGUUGGACCGACUGAGAGGAGAUACUACCUCUGCACUCUCUGCAGACUAACUUUGGCCACCCACAUGAUCAUCAAGCAUGUCCUGAGCUUUGACCACAUCUUUUGUUACUUUAAAGCCUGGCACCCCUCCACUUUGUUGUCAAAGGAAUGCUACAAGGAUUACAACUCCAUCUCCUCCAUGAUACUUGAUUUUGCAAAGCAGACAGAAGAGAUUCAUGGUACUGAGAACACUGAAAUGAAGCAACUAAACCUAAAUCCGGCCGAAUUCACAUCAAUGAACUUCACUUGCUAUGCAGAAGCCUUGAAGAAACUGGAAUCCAUCACAAAGGAAAGAGAGGGGAGCAGCUUGAUUAAAAGCAUCAAACCAGGGAAAAAGCUGGAGCGUCGUACUGCGUCAGUGGGGUCCGUAGCACCAUCGUACAAACUACGCUGUCAGGAAUGCAGUAUCAUCUUUGACACUCAGUCUGGGUAUUUGAAACAUUUGUCAGACAUGAAACACAAACAGAUGUUGAAGAAAUUCUUUAGAGAAGCUGAAAGAGCUGAUGGUUAUGACCAAACAGGAUGGGAGCCCAGUCUGGGCUUAUACGAGUACCUCCAAGAGAGCUUGAAGCGAAAUGAAGUAGUUAUUGGUUCAUCCCUGGUUGUGGGGUGUGUGAGCACUCAGUUGAAGGCAGACCCUAUUUAUGUGUGCUUUGCUUGUCAGGACUGUUUCGCAGAGUCCUUUCUCAGGCAACACUUUCAAUCUCAAAAGCAUUUGAUACACACAUUGCUGUACCAGAAUCCCUGGCGGCUCCCUUUUGGCUGGGAGAACCAUCUGGAUGUGAAAGUCUUGAAGUCAAUGGGAUGGGAAGAGGAGAAGGAAAGAGGACCCAAUCAGAAGAUGCUGAAGGUUCUUGAUAUCCCAUACCAGAUAUUUCACAGCCUCAUCCCACCUAGUUACCCAAAAGUGAUGGCGAGACUUGAACUAUACCACUCUCUCUUAAAGCAAGAAGUUCCACGGUGUGAAACAUACAGCAAACUCAAACAAAAUGAGAGAUUCCCUCUGCUCGGCAAACAAUUCCUGGUCAUGCACCAUGUGUGUCUCAGACGGCAUCAGUCCACAAACGUGGGAUUCCUGUGUUUGCUGUGUCAGAGGAGACUUUCAGAUGGUGAAUGUUACGCUCAUGUGUUCAGUCGGGAACAUGUUGCAACAUUUCUGGACCGUUUCCACCCAGGCUCACUGAGUUCAAGCACUGAUGCAGAGACCUUACUGGACUUGGCAAAACAGGCAGCACGUAUUCACUCCAUAUCAAAUGUACAGGUAAUAAAGUUGGACAACCCCAUCUUGGAGCCAUGCUCCUACGACAGAGCAAUAUGCAUCGUGGCAUCUGCAAAAAGAAGACAUGGGGGCGGAACGCUUGAACCUCACAUACGACCUUCAAUGAAGCUGUCCCACAGGGAAACUCUGAAAGAAGUGGAUAAGGACCAUGUGAGAGAAAACCAUCAGAAAAACAGUAGGAUGGUGGAGGGAUGUGAGAACAAGACCAGUCAAAAGUCUACAGACGAAAAUGAGAACAUUCCAAAAAAGUUUUCCGUAAAACUUGGUUCUGAAAUUGUCAAUAAACGCUGUGUAGAAAGUGAAGGAUAUGCAGAAAAAGGAUCCCACAAGGAGAUUCCUACACCAAGUGAAAAAGAAUCAGAGAGGAGAAGAGAGGUGUUUUCAAAGACUAGUCCAGAUGAGAUAACGAAUGCAGGUAGGGAGACAUGCCAGUUGAUAAAGGAGGAGAAGAUAGAAGAACCUACAAUGAGAGAACCAAGUGGGGAGAUCCCAGAAAGCUGCCAGAACACAGACAAAGAUGAUGUAGCAGCGAAUACAGAAGAAAAGGGCAAAACUUGCAAAAAGAUCCUGACAAAGUUGAAGAGUUACCUGUACAAAGAAAAUGAGAGAGAGAGGCUAAACAUCAUGUCUGAAAAAUCACAAGAGGUCACAUGUUCCAAUGGGGAUGUUGGGAGAGUACUGGGACAUAAAAGACAGCGGCUCAACUCCAAAGAUGACACAUCUUGUGAAGAACCCCAAAAAAUGCCAAGUGGUGUACUAAAAGGGGUGACCACCGCCGACGAGGGGGAGAGUGGCAAAACAAGUCAUGGUACUGUAAAGGAGAAAGCUCCUUCCAAUGAGAACCAGCAACAAGCAGUUCAGUUGUGGCAGUAUGUCAAGAAGAUAAGCCGGGAGCCCGUGGUUGGCUUGAGUGCACUUCUUGAAUGCUAUUGUGAUUGGCGUGGCCCCGUCUACCUCUGUGAGUGCUGCUCUCUGAAGAUCCCAGAGAAGAAUAUCGUCAGCCAUGUUACUGGAUUUGACCACCAGAAGAUGUAUCUGGUGGGGUUUCAGAAACUCGCACCUCUAACAGGGAAGCACCAGAAGAGAAUCAGACAUUUGGCUGCUUUGUUUGAACAGGAGAGAGGAUAUGGAGAGGCUCAGGUUGUUGAUCUGGAUGAAGAGAUUUACAAUAACAUCUCAAAACAAAAUUUUAAUUCAGCCAUACAGUCAGUGAAGGCGUUUCAGGCUCAGCAGGACAGUGGGCAUGAACUCACUUCAACCUCAGCUUUAUCUGGUAUUCAACCUGUGCACACCUUAGUCCCCGUCCAUGCUCAACAUGAAGUCUACGCCAAGACUGACAACAUCCAGGUGGUGGAGCUUGAUAGUGACUCAGAGGAAUCUGAGGUACAGCCAUCCUCAGUAACUGCACCCAUGUGUGGAAUGACCGAAACCACCUCCAAAACAACUGAAGUCGCUCCUCAAUCAAAUACGGACGUUAAAAUGUCCUACAUCAAAGGCGGUGAGUCAGCUGACAGGAAUAACACCUGUCUGACCGUUUCCAGAAGAAGUGAAAAUGCAUCAAGUCUACAUGUGUCCAAAAGUGGGGCAAACACAACCAGUUUGCAUUCUGAUUCGACAGGAAACAUCUCCAAAGAUAAAAUCCUUCCAAACACAACUGUGGAACCAUUUACAAUAGUGACCACUUCCAAAAUAGUGGGGACAUCUCAAACUGCAGCAACUUCACAUUUUACUAUAACUACCCCCAGCAAAUCCUUGACAGCCAUCUCCAAAUGUACUGAUAAAUCCUCCAGUUGUACUGCACAUGCCACAAAAUCGACAGCAGUUGUCUCCAAACUCACAGGCACCACAUCCAACUGUACUACAGCCACCACCAAAUCGAUGGAGAUGCCCUACAAAUGUGUAUCGGCCACCUCCAGUACCACUGCAAGUACCAUAAAACUGACUGCAGCUGACCCCAGUUCUAGUAAGACUACGAUAUUUACAGCUCACACCUCCUGCUGUACUACAACCACCGCCAAAUGCAGAGAACCUGCCCACAAGUGUACAGCAACCACCUCCAGGACCGCUGUAACCACCCAGACCAAAUCGACAGCAACUACCACCAUCUGCACUGCAACCACCGCAAAAUAUACAGCACCCUCGUCCAAACUGACAGGACCCACCUCUACCUCUAGUAUGACCAUCUCAAAUACCAACUCAACAACGAAAUCUGCAACGCUAUCGAAAGCACUGGAAAGCAGAACUGGAGCUGCAUCCAGAGUUACAGUGACUUCAUGUAAAGCUGCACCCACCUCUCAGAGAGGAUCCACAGUGGUGCCUGAAGCCACCUGUAGAGCUACACCUGCUGAAACAGCAUCCAAAAUUACAGUCACAUCUCAAACUACAGUGACAAUUGCAGCUGGCACUUCAAUGGCUAAAAAGUCAGUUAAAGUUCAAAAUACUGAAGCCUCUGCCAAGACUGAACAUAGGAAGAGAGCAGUGGGGCCAAAUGCCAAUACUGCACUACAUGUUCAUAAGAGUAAUCCACCGGCUGCUCCACAUCUGACCAAAGCCAUGUCUGCCAGCACUGAGCACAAGAAUCCACCUACAGAGCCAUCACAUACCUCCAAGACUAAGACAAAGCCAAGUGAACACCUUCCUAAAGUUGGUUUAAACCAGCUGAUUAAAGUGUCAUGUGAAGGAAGGCGGCAAGUCUACUGUCAGCUCUGUGCAGUCAGGUUGAAAUCGUCCAGUCACCUGAUUGACUUUCACCACAUGUAUAACUAUGUGAAAAUGAAGUAUCCUGAGUGGAAUGCCAAACUGGGGGAGUUGGAGAGUGAAUUGGAGAAGAGAGUGGCCCGCUUAGCUGAGGUUGAGAAAGAUGUGGAAUCUCAAAGCUUCCAGAAUAUGGAAGUGACGAAUGAUGUGUACAAAAAGCUGGCUGCUCUCCCGGGGGACAAAGCUGUAGAAAGGUUGAAAGCAAUGGUGAGACGGAGAGACUUGCAGGUUCCAUCAUCCUCCACAACUGAAACUGCCCAGGCUUUGAGACAGCAAGUUGAUUCUGCCAGUCAAUGUGAGGUUUCAAGCCCAGAUGAUGGGAUGUGCGUUCCAAAGAAUGAAAUGACAGGACUUUCUGCUAACAACCAACCAGAGCAGGAGAACAAACAUGAGCUCCAGACAGUAUUGGUCCAUAUGUCAGCAGUGGAGAAACCUCAUGACUGUGCAGAUCCUCUUGCCACUGACUCACAAUCUGCAGGCACCUUUGCCCUAACUCCUCAUACAUGCCAAGAGACUCUUGAGAACAGACAACAGCAGGAGAGAAUGGACCCAGAGAUACAAGAUGCAGAGAAAAUAUCACCUCUAAAAUCCUUCAGCCCAGACCCACUCUCUUCUGCAGCUGUGGUGAAUACAGAACAGCAGAACCAAUCAACACCCAGCCUCAAAGCAGAACAUGUAGCGAAAGACACAGGAUGCAGUCCAGGACUUGGGCGGCACAGUGCAUCACAGGCACACCCAAGAAUUUCAACGGGGGAAAGAACUCAGAGCUGCAGUAAUUUUUCAGCAUACUUGAGGGUGGAGGGACUGGACACUGAACCAGUCAUUGGUCUGGGGUCCGUGUGGGAGUGUCUAGGGAAACCUUCAAAUUCAUUCUUCUUGUGUGAGAGCUGCAGUGAGACGCUCUCUGAGAAUGAGAUCUGUCAACAUAUGGUCAGCCCUGAUCACCAGCUCAAAUACAUGCUGAAACAGUAUCCUCACUUCAUGAGGUUCUGGCUGGACGAGGAUCUGCUCCAACAGAUGAAAUUGGAACUUUUAAAGGAAGUUGCCCAGAAAAUCUCUCAGCGGGAGCGUUUCAACAAGAUGGAUGCGCAGAGUGUACUGCUGGAAGAUGAAUUGUAUGAAUGCGUGCGAAUGGCUCCAUUCAGUGAAGCUCUAAAAAUGGUACAAAACAUCAAGAAAAAACAGAAACUGAUUGUCUUCUGUCCACCCAUCAGUAAUCCACAACCGAGGGACGAACAGCCUGAGAAACGGCAGAGUCAAAAGGGAUCUUUUCCAAUGGAGGCACUUGAGACAGACCAGAAAAUUGACAAUGGAUCAAGACAAAAAACAGAAAAACAUCAUUUGGAAGAGACUGCGAUGGCUGGAGAUUUGGAUGGGGUCAAACAUAGAACAGUCUCGAGUCCUCUGGAUAUGACCAGUGUCUCCUCAAAGGCUGACUCUGUUGUCUCUCCAUUCCCUGGUACUGGCAAAUGUCACAGUCCCAAAGAGACCUGCAGAAGCUUUUUUGUGCUACCAGAGUUUAGACCACCAGCCUCUCAGCACCAAAGGCCUAGAAGAACGCUGCAAUUGAAACAGACAGAUGUGCACUCAGAAUUCCAAUCUUUCUGUACUGUUUGUCCUAAAACUACUCAAACCCUGUCAGUGUUUCCCAGAGAUAAAUGCCCUCCAACCAGAAAAAGGCCAGCUGAUACAUCUGUUGAAACACUGGUCAGACCUUGCACCAGUAACCCCCAACGAGAGGAGCCUUUGCCACCCAAAUGCACACGCAGCUCACUGCAGCAACACUUUCAGCCCAGCCCUGAACCAGCCUCCAAGUCCACUACUGUUCGACCCUGUGAGACCCCCCUGUCUCAAAAGGACAAAAACACAGGCUCUGAAUCUGAUGAAUGGAACUCAUCUAUUGUGGAUUGCACACAGUUAGCACACCUAAUAGCUCUGGUUAGAGAGAGGAAGUCUGAGAGAAAUAUUACCACUUGCAAGUCUGCUUCAGAUAAUGUUGAGACUUCUACCUCCUGUGCUAACAAUUCAUAUGAAAGUGGUGUGGAAAGAAGAUGGGAUUCAAACUUUGUUCAGACUAAAUUGAAAGUGGCAGAAAACAAAACAAGAUGGGAUCAAAAGUGUCAGCAGGUUAAAGCUACAGUGUCAAAAAAUCCACCAUCCACUGAAUCAAUGGAGUGCAUGUUUUCAACAACACCUCCAGUGGUCCUGGGCUAUAAGAACCAACACGUCACCCCUAAUUCCAACCCUUUUCUCUCUGCCAACAACUCAUCUCUUGAGGGCUAUUCAACAAGGGGCAACCUUUUGUUCAGAGCAACUGAAGCUGAGGCAGUCAGCACCACGUUACCUUCUGCCAGGACUGCUGACCCCAGUGAGCUACAAAACCUGAGAAGUUUCAAUGCUCAUAACAUGUUUGGAAAUGUGACCCAGCUCAAACCAAAUCUCAACUACUGUGUGGCCACCAACCAUAAUUCAGGUCAGACAUCACAGCCACAAGGUAGCACAGAGACUGACACCACUAGGGUUUGUCAGCUGCCCCUUAGGCGCAUCAUAACUGCCAGGACAGACCCUGCUAACCAGCAAUUUAUGGGCGGCUAUAAAAGACAGGACCACACUGACGUGAACAGAUGCAUUCAGGUCGCGCAGAGUCUCUCUACAGUUGAAACCGUAAACCCCAGUAACACUCUGUCAGCUUCAGGAGCGUAUGGUCAGUACAGCCAACUGGGUUAUGUGAGAAAUGGACAGUCAUGUCACCUUUCUUCUGAGGCUGUUGCAGGUUACACAACACCAGACAAACCCCCUAUUUACAAUGAGAGUUUAUACCAACAUGAAGGGUACACUGCAAGGGGGCUCUACCCAGGCUAGAUUUACCCAAAGCAGGAAGCGAUCUGGUUCUGUAAGGAAUCAUGUGGACACAGUUUAGCAACUCCAACGCCCCCAGGAUGGGUGAGCCUGGUAAAGCAGGAGCAGCACUCCGCAGCACUCCACAUGGACAAGUGCAAACCUGGCUGCUGGAGGUGGCAGUGAUCAAUGAUGCUGCCUACUUAGGCACUGUUCCGUUCACCACUCCAGCCAACAGUUCACAACGGUUAAUUGACCUGAAUGAAUACAGUACCCAAGGAUACAUUCCAGUGCAGAACAGCAACAACAUAAUGACACACAACACUUCCCAGGCUUACCUCAGACCUCAAUUCUUUCACCAUCCUCCCACUGCCAACAGUGAAAUCUUCACCCAGGCAUCUGCAAACUCUGCUGUAAAUGUGGGAGUUCUGCCUUGUUGCCACGGUUGGGAAGACAUAUCAAAUCAGUUUGAACUCCUGAAACACCGUAGCAAUGAGUUAACGAUACUGUUUAUAUGCUUAAAACUAUUGCUUUGAAUGUGAACAAUGAGUUUGUAAACCUUUUGUAGCUCGUUUCAGUUUUUAACAUUUUGGAAGUUUUAUAUUCAUAUUCUGUUAAUUUUAAUACUUGUAAAAUUAAGAUCUUCUGUUGAGUUUGUAAUGUUUGUAUAUUAUCAUAAAUUCUCAUGUUUUUUUUUCCCUCUGAUAAAAUUAGUUUACUUAAACUUCGUUUUUAUAUUUUGUGUUUUCGAUACACAGAAAUUACUGUUAUUGACGUAGAUCUCAUUCUCCUCUAGCCUCCGCUAAUAUUUAGAAGAAUCAAAACUUUGUGUCAAUGUCCAUGUACCAUUUAAUUGUCCAUUUAGUGUAUUAUUCAAUACAAGUUAAUAAAUUUUCCAAACACCGAAAAGGCUCAUUUACAUAGUAGUUGCAUACAUCUUGUUACCACAGCCUCCCUCAAGUUAAACAUUUUCCUUGAAUUUUUUUUUUUUAACUUUCUUUUGUCUUUCACCUUUUUAUUUCUAAGACUGCUCGACAACAAAUAUAUUUUUAGUUGUGUUUUAACAGCAGCUGUCUUACACUCUAGUCACAACAAUACACUGUCACAUUUUUUAAAUUAUGUCUAUGUAGCAAAAUGGUCAGCGGUGGUACUCUCACGGUGUUCAGUUCUGAUAAUGUUAAUCUGUCCCAAACUGUGAUGAACAAUAAUACAUUCUGUAACAGCAUCAGAAUCAUUGAAACAUUUCUACAUCAACGGCAGGAGUGCUGCUACUGGGUCACUCAUUGUCGUCUCAGAACCUUUGGUGCGAGUACCGUGCCCAUGAAACAUCUCUAUCUUCAAAAAUAGAUCAGGGCAGAAAUGCACCACGGCUUUUUGAGUAGAGUGAACAGACUGACAGUGGAAACUUGAUGUAUUCCAAAAAUGAUUUCAGCAGAAGUGGGUUAUAGACCGGGGCACCAAAUUCGACGUACAAAAUGUUUCCAUGUCUCCAACUGUAUAAUUAUCAAGCCUGUGUAUUGUUGCACAUGGUUCCUCCAAGUAGAUGGGUCACAUUUACUACCCCACAUAAAAACCACCAGUGGCCUUGACGAUACCUAAACCCACGUAUCCGUCUGAGUGGCACAUCCACUUUCCAAUAGUAGAACAAUGAUAACUUAAGUUUCUAAUUUGGCUGGAACGUGAAUGUAUGGGCUCUGGUUCAUUAUGUCAGUAGACUGGACGACACAUGGACAUGAUAUAACGCAGGGGCCACAAAGGGAAUCAACUCUCCGUGCUAUAAUUGUACAGAGGAGAAGUCCUGUAUUAAGGAUUUGUCACACUAGAUCAGACACAAAUUGAGAGAAACCAUUAAUUUACAAUUAGCUCCUUUAAUAUAAGCAAAUGCUUCAGUUAAAAAGGUUUGUCUGGACACCUUUAGCCCAUCUAUCAAGUCAUCCUUUCUCUCAUGAAUGACUCUAAAGGAUGCUUGAUUGAUUCAGUUGUGUUCUUUUUACACUUUUUCUUAACUGUGUUAAGGGAGAUUGAGUUAUUUUCAAUCUAUGAAGAUGAAGACUCCCCACACAUAAGUUUUGGCAUUAGGCUACUUCAUCAGAUAUGGCCUUUAAUAUCAGUUGUCACAGGAGAGUGUUGAGGAAAAAAACCUCUUGCUCUAUGGUGAGGAACAAGAAAUUACAGAUGCAUUAACAACACUGAGCUCAAACUCAGAUUUAAAGAAUUUAUUACAGAGUAUUGAGUCAAAUUAAAAUGAACAACCAACAACAGUCAGCA